AGAGUACAAAUCGAUGCGAUCGAUCCUUUGGAUUGUUCGGCUAAUGAUCGAAGGGAAAAGGGAUCAACAGAAGGAUAGUGGGAAAGGUGACUGGUGGGGUUGAACCUCGUGGAUUGGCUGCGCGUUACGCGAUUUGCCGCCGAGGGGAUGCGCCAGAGGGUUGCCUUCCCAGGUAUAUAUACUCCCGUCCUGCAGUGCGAGCGGCCGAUUCGAUUUCAACUUCUGAAUAUUCCGACGGGAUACGGGAAUUUUUUGUCGUCUCAGCGGACUCGAGAUCGUGACUUUUGACGAGAAGAAUGCAUUCGCGUUCGAAUAGCAUCUGCUUGUAUCUCGUGCUUUUUAUUUUUGGAGCUGUCGUUGUUCAUGGUGAACCGGACCCGAUGGCCAGACCAACUCGGCCAGAAAUAUUUACAAGUCCGGAAGAACUGAGACGAUAUCUCGAUCAUGUUAGUGAUUAUUACUCUCACAGUGGGAAAGCGAGGUACGGGAAAAGGGGACACGUUGUACCAUCUGUACCAGACGUGAAUUAUGUUUGGGACACGAUGAAAACAGUCCUGAUGGAGAAUUCUCAACGAUCGCAGCAACCGAAAUUCGGAAAGAGGAAGCAGGAAGAGAGCCGAUUUCUUGGCGAGCUGGGAAACUAUGAUUCUACCGAGGAGGACACUUCACGGACCGACACUAGACCCUGUCACGUAUUAGACACAAUUGAAAAAUACUACGGUGACUUGCAAUAAAAAAAUACUUUGCAUGUUCCGUGCCCUGUUCACGACGCCCAAUUGUCAUUCAAAUUGUCUGUCACUUAUUUCGUUUAAAUUGCUUGUCAACGUUGUAACAAAGAAAUAAUUAUUCUCCUAGUGAACAAGUUCCCGAUUAGAGAUAAGCCUUUUUCGAAUUGGAACAAGGAUGAAGGUGACGACUUGCACGUGUGUCAAUUGAAAGUAAACAACAAGUAU